AUGCUAAAAACACCUAAACAACGAUACAUAAGACAUCAACAUAUCAUCCUCUUCCGACCGCUUUCGGCAGAUACACCUACCACACCAACUUUCUCACCGAAAUUUGAUGCUCCAUUGAUACAAAGAGCUGAGAAACCCUGGGACCGAUACCUGUUUCUGUCAUCCAAGAAACCUAAACCUCCUGCUAAAAAUGCGCUACAGUCAAACAAAAUUGAUGAUUUACUUAAAAGGGAUGUACAUACUGAUGAAAAACAUUGGAAACUAGACGAAGUUGAUGAGUUGGUUAAUCGAAUGUCCUGGAAAGAUGAGAUUGAAGAAAUAAAGGAGGAUAUUAGCGGAGAAUUAAAUAAAAAUCCAAAAGAAGAAGUGGACUUGUGGAGAAGUCAACAUUAUGGAAGGUCGGGCAGAGAUGAAAGUGGGAGUGUGAAUGAAAUAUUUGAAGAGAUGGAACCUGAACAACUUGACAGCAUUGAAAGUGUGUUAGAAACCGAUUCAUUUCAAGACGAUUUUUAUGGCUUUUUCUUUAAUAGCGUUGAGUUCAAGUAA